AUGGCAGCAAAUGACCAAAAUAGUCCUAUAAUUAAAGAAACUGAUAAAGAGCAAUUUCAAACGGUGGAGCAAAUUGAAGCUCGUAUAUCAAGUACCAAUGCUAAAAACAACCACACGUUAUAUGAUUCAGUUCAUCAAAAUCAUUAUUAUAAUGGCAAUGUUACUAAUGAUAUUUAUCAAAAUAAUUAUUCGUCAUCUCACAGUAUAGGAAGAGCUAAUGACUCUAUUGAUAAUGUGAUAGUUUAUACAAAGACUGCAAAAGAAACGAACGAAUAUCUUAAUAAAAUAGCCAAAGAUAUUCAUCCGAUUUCUAAGACACAAAUUAUUCGAGAAGUAAUGCCUCAAAGUAAAGCAACAAAUGAACAAUUAGUUUCUAUUCGAUUUUUGAAACCACCAGAUCUUCCACCACCAGGACCACUCAUUAUUAAAGAAGUGCGUGCACCACAGCCACCAACACCUCCACCAAUUAUCAUACAUGAAUGUCCAUCACCUCCUCCUACACCACCUCCACUUAUCUUACGUGAACGACCACCGACACCACCAGAACCUAUUCCCACUGAAACAGUUACUCAUUAUCUACCUCCUACACCUCCUCGACCACGAUCAGUUAUCAUCAAACGCUAUCCAGCUCUUCCAGAAAAACAACGUAAAAUUAUUAUUGAACGAUGGAUUCCCUACGAACGUCAACCUGAGCGUCAAGUAAUUGUACAUCCGGCGCAGGCUCCUUGUCCUAUUAAAUAUCCACAACCAUACUAUAAAACUAAUCCAUAUGGAACUCCUGACGCACAUAUAGCACGCCGCUUUGAAGAACUUGUUGGUCGAGAUUAUCUUGUCUCAUAUAGAAGUCGUUAUGGGUCAUCAUUCUUAGUUUCACCGACACCUUCUCAACGAGAUCGUGAUGCUGGCAUUUUUGAAAAUUCUCCUUCUAUAUCAUCACUUCCAGGAUACCGCACUUGUCCAUGCGGGAAGUCUCGGCCGUCAUCGGCGAGUUCAAUUCAUCAAUUCAGGUGA